AUGUCUGCCAAAUCAGUCAAACUCUCCCCCGCCAUCAAAGCCCUCCUCUCCGCCCCCCAUGCUCAAGGCGGGCCCAUCCCAGCCCCUCCUCGAGCCACGAUCAACUCGCUUUUCGACCGUAUUCGUACUCGGGGCGAAGCCGGCGGUGUCGGCGCUCCCACCUGGCUCACGGUAUCCACCGGAGCGCUGGUUACUACGAAUUCGCCUGAUUCGGUGAGGGCCUUGUGGGAUUAUGCGUCAGAGAGAAGCGGGGGGCUGGGGGAGAAGGUAGAGGCUGCUGGGGUCAUUCGAGAGACGGCGUUAAAGUGCAUCUCGUUCUCCGGCAUUCCGAGGACGAUCAACGCGCUCACUUCUCUCCGUGCCCAUCUCCCCGAGGAUGUCAUCAACGAGCUCUCUACUACUCCCACCAGGCAAGUCCUCUGCCAAUGUUACCGUGUUUCUGACUCUCCCUGCAGGAAACUGACCCCCCAAAACGUCACAGAGACCCUUGCUCGCGGUCAAUCCCUAUGGGACGCAAUCUACGAACCCCUCUCCGCCAAACUCCUCUCCAAACUCUCUGACGCCCACCCGGACUUGCCAGUCCACAUUCUCACCUCCCACUACUCCCACCUCCUCUCAGACCCCUUCACCACCCCUCCUCCCGGUGGUGCCAAAGUAGGAAGGGUCUUGACUAGUGUAGUGUCCAUGGCUUGUUUGAGAGCGCAACAGGGGGUGGGACCUCAGUUGACGAGCCAUGUCUUUGGGCUGAAGAAGAGUCUGCUUGAAGGCGGCGGGGCCGAGAGGGAGGCGCCGCUCAAGGGGCAAGAGUGGUUGACGAGUGAUGAAGGUGUGAGAUGGGUUUUGGAGAGUACGGAUGAGAUUAGCCAGGUGUUGACCGAGGGACGAGCGAGCUUUGCUGGACCUGUCAAGGCAAAGCUAUAG